CAAUCACCUCGACCUCAGCUAAAACCAGCCUAAAUUGGUUGGAUGGUAUUUAGCUGGUCGCGCAGGCCGCUCAGAUGGCUAAGUGACCAUCUUAAACCAGCUACGACCAGCUUAGACUGGUUCUAACUGGGGGGGAUUUCUUCAACUGAUUAAACACAAACACGACACUGCUCUGCCUGUUUGUGCCUUCGUGAUGUCACUUGUCUGAAAAGCGUUUGUGGAAAUUUUUUAAUAAAAAUCAGCUCUUUAUGUGCGUAUAUUAUGAUGAUGAUACUAAAGUGGAGGACGGUGGUUAGUAUUGUGGUGGUCCAUACAAACAUGAUGCCCCCUUGAUGAUGCUCUGGGUGGGUUGUCGCGGAUUCGCAGUGUAUUGUGGGCAGUCUGUGGUCUAGGCAAAGCACAGUUCGUCAUCUCUAGGAAAGAUGGCUGCUCCGAGCACCACAGCGGCUCUUCCUACAGCUCUCAGCCCCAGUUUUGCGGUGGUCUGCUCUUUCCUAGAGCGCUACGGGUCUGCUUUGGAUCUGCCCGAGCUGACGUUCCCCCAGCUGGAGCGAUACUUACAGGAGACAUCAGCGGUUCCUCGACCUUUGAUUGAGCUUCAUAUUAAGUUACUGCGCAAGAUUGGCAAGACGGUCACACCAGACAAAUGGGAGAAAUAUCUUGUAAAGAUGUGCCAGGAGUUUAACAGCACCUGGGCAUGGGAACUUGAGAGAAAAAGCUAUGGAGAAAUGACAAUUGAGUGUAAAACUGGCAUCCUAAAGUACUUGUGUGAGUGCCAGUUUGAUGAAAAUCUAAAGUUUAAGACAUUAAUCAACGAGGAAGACCCAGAUAAGAUGCGCCUACAGCCGAUCGGUAGAGACAAGGAAGGCCUUUUGUACUGGUUCCAGUUAGACCAAGAUCAGAAUGUGCGUGUUUAUUCUGAGGAACAAGAUGACUUGGAUGAAUCCUCCUGGAGAUGCAUUGCGAGGACUAGAAAUGAUCUUGCAGACACACUUGAACAGCUUAAAGCCCAGAUGGAGCCAGCUGUGACUGACCAAGAGGGGCAAGAUGGUACCACCUGCCCAAAUAUGGAUGCAGAAGGUGAGCAUGAGGACGUAAAAAACUGUGUAUCAGGACACUUAACCAACAGUACCAUCCAUUCCAAGGAGAGUGAUUUAAUACCCAGAAACAUUAAAAAAGAAACCUCAACAGAUCCUGUUAAACCUGAACCGGAAGACAGGGAUGAAGUUGAGUUCAAAGUUGUCAAAAUGUCCAAGCAUAAAUUAGAGCAGACCCCAGCCAUAGACAACAGGGUCAGUACGAUCAAAACACUUGUCAAAGAAGAACGAAAAGAUUGUCCCAGAGCAUGGAACGCCAUUUCAGUCGUCAUGCCCCCUGUCUCCAUAAAACAGGAAAUUCCAGUGAAAGAAGAGACUUGUGAAGACAGGAAAAAGACAACGUCUGGGAACAUGGUGAGAACUAUAAAGUGCGAUCAACAGGCUAAAAUACCACUGAAGAAGAGAGAGUUAAAAAGAAGUGGGGGAUAUGACAUCAGCAAUCACUAUGGAAAUAUCAAUCAAAACAACAACAACCUUAACAGCAAUGGUAGCAUCAGCACAGGGGGUAUCAUUGUCCGCAACCCUGCCGUUUUAUUAGUGAGGGAACAGCUCACCAGAAGUGAAUUCCCAACUGAGAGGAAAGGUCCAGUGGCCACUAUUGCUGUCCCAGGUACAGAAUUUCCUCAAGAGCUCAGCAUCGACCCAACUUGUGGGAAGCAUUCACCAGUUGAUCAAUGCCAACAGACAGUUCGACAACAAUACGUAGGUGUUGGGGUGAUCAAGGGUCCCAUUGAGCAAAAGAAGCCUUUGACUGAAACUGCUAAUAGUCACAUAAAGGACAUAAAUGGUCUUCAUGGAUAUGGGGAUGUCUUGAAACCUGAUGCUGGGUGCACACAUAGUGUCAGACAGUCUGUCCUUGUUGGGAAAUCACAGAUUAAGGAGGGCAACAAUCUUUUUCCUUGUAGUAUCCCAGAGGAUUUAGUGUCAAAAGACAUUAGCAAAAAGGGCCAAGAUCUGUCUGGAAAAGCAUCAAACGUUGUUGAGCAGGAGUCUCCUUCGAUUGAAAAGCUGAAUAAAACUUCAGUUGAGGCAAGGGUUGAAGAAAGAGAUAAUGAUGUGGUCAAACUAAAAAAUUGCAAGGUGAGAGUUCUCUCAAUCAUAGGAAAAACAAAUAUUGUUGCAAAGGACAAAAGCCAAGACAAGGUUCUGAGAAGCCAGAGAAAGAAAAGUUUGGAAAAGACCAAGUCCAAGCUUCAGCCGAGAGAAGAGAGACCAAAGAAAGACCCAUCGCCUAGUAAUAGUGAGGUUUUAGAUGAAAAUGGAGGAGAAGGUGAAAAGUCUGGACACAGUGAUGAGGAGGCAUCUUCAGAGCUUCAGAAGGAAGGAAUCCGACUGAAGAUUAAGAUCCCACUUCAUAGACGAACUCCUGAACUCCAGCACAAAGAUAUUGAGGAGUCAGAAACCAGCAAUCGGCGAUCCCUACGGAGAUCUGCUAGAAUCAGCAAACCCAGCCCCAAAGUGGCAGAUAUUCGGGGCAGGAAACGAGGCAGAAAACAUACAACCUCCUCUGUGGCAAAGGACGAAGAAGAACAAAUGGAAGAUGAUGAGGUGAAAGUCCAGCCCAAGCAGGAGAUACACAAAACAGUGGACACAGAAGGACAGACUUCGAAGUCUCCGAAGGCCAAACGACGACACAAGAGGACUUGUUGGUCAAACAUUCGUACAAAAAAUUGCAAAUCCAAAGGAGAUCCUGAGGUGGAGGAGGAAGUGGAUGACGACAAAGACAACAAAUCAGAGAAAGGAGACAAUAAGAGUGAGACGGACUCUGACCAGCUUAAUGAGCUUCCACCUGAAGAUGCGUGUAAACACUGUGGUCUUGCCAACCACCCAGAAUUGAUUCUUCUUUGUGAUCUGUGCGACAGUGGGUACCACACAGCCUGUUUGAGACCUCCACUAAUGAUCAUUCCCGAUGGGGAAUGGUUCUGUCCUCCUUGCCAGCAUAAGCUUCUCUGUGAGAGGUUGGAAGAACAACUUCAGAAUCUGGACUCUGCUCUGAAGAAAAAAGAGCGAGCUGAACGAAGGCGUGAGCGGUUGGUGUAUGUGGGCAUUAGCGUGGAGAACAUUAUACUCAACCCUGAUGGUGAUGAAGAGGAGGGCCUGACAGAGAAGAAGAAAGAUGCCAAAAAGGGCAAUAAUCUGGGGAGGCGAUCAACCAGGACGAGAAAAUCCAUCAGUUACAGGUUUGAUGACUUUGAUGAAGCCAUUGAUGAAGCGAUAGAAGAAGACAUUCUAGAUUUCGAAACAGAAGAUGAUGAUACUGAUAAACCAGUAACAUCUGUCACUGGUCAGCAGAGGAACAUGGCAAGCCGUGAAUGCCGGCAGUCUGUGAAACCCCUUCCCCCUCGCAAGAGGAAACGCCGGCGUCUCAACGACCUGGACAGCGACAGCACGGUGGACGAGGAGGAGAGUGAGGAUGAGUUUCAGCUCAGUGACAGUGAAUGGGGCAGUGGAGAGAGUGCCGCUGAGAAUCAACCCACCUCCAAGAGAACAGGCAGAAUCACACACCUACAGAAAUCCAGGAGGAGCUCACGCAGACUUCACACCAGACAAAGAGGCUCCUCAGAGGAGGUGUUAGAGUCUGAGGAAGAGGAGGAGGAAAUGGAGACAGAGGGCUCAAACGAGUUCAGUGACAGUAAUGUGGACAUGAGCAGACGGCAACCGCGGCGAAGUCACAAGUCUCAUGUCAACUACUACGAGACGCCAGAAUCUGACGGGUCACAGAAGGCGUCCAAUCAGAAACACUCAUCUUUGCCUCACCGCCGACGAUUAUCCAGCUCCAACAGUGAAGAUUCCAUACUUUCUAAAGACUUUGAUCCAAAGGAAAGGAGAGAAAGAGGUCGGAAGUGCGAUUCAACAAGGCAAUACUCAAAACAGAAGCACAAACCACAGAAACAGAGCCAGCGGAGGAGCUCCGGUGAGGAAGAGGAGGACUUUGAGGAAGCAGGAGAGACAGAGGAGUCCGAGGAACAUGAACGGCCCCUCCGUAAGAGGUUGAACCGCAUAGAAACGGACGAAGAAGAGGAGGAAGAGGAGCAAAGAAAGCAGAAUACUCGAGGAAAGGGUUGCUCUAGCAGACCCUCUAGAGGCCUGAAGGACACCAGAUGGAGGCACACAGCCAGAAACACUGCGGGGCCCCGAGGCUCCAACCGGCACAAUGGCCUGGCCCCGCUGAGGGCCGCACCUCAGGAUGAUGACGGUGAUGAUGAUGAUGAUGAUGAGGAACAGUUUACUGGAGACACGGACCUUGUUAACUUUGUUUUCGACAGUGAACAGUUGUCCUGAUGCGCUCAAUAGGUCAAACACAUUUAUUUUCGCAACGCCUUCCUCGUACAGGAAUGUUCCAUGUCAGCCACCAUAGUCUGCUGGUUUUUGGGUGUAGUGGACCAAAUUAAAGGGAUAGUUCACCCAAAAAUAUAAAUUCUGUAAUCAUUUACUCACCCUCAUGUUGUUCCAAACCCGUAUGACUUUCUUCUGUGGAACACAAAGGAGAGAAAUGCUAGCCUCGGUCACCAUUCAGUUUCAUUUUAUGAAUCAUAUGGAAAAUGACUAAUAUCUAAGGGUUUGGAACAACAUGAAUGUGGGUACAGUAAAUGAUGACAGAAUUGGCAUUUUGGGGUGAACUAUCCCUUUGAGCUUCCAAAGGAACGCUAUAGUUCCGUUCAGAUGUUUAAAUGCACUCAUUCACACCAUACAGUCGCAUGCAUCCCCAGGUUUAGAACAGGGAUUCCUUAAUACUACAGUAACCGUUCCUCGUAAAAGCACUUUGUAAUUUACGGCCAGUAAUGUUUCGUUUGUAUAAAGAGGCUUCUAUCAUCCUGUAGAGAGACACUGGAUGCUGCGGAUUUGAAGCUUAUACGUUACGUGCAUUUCAGACUAGUGUCUUACAAUUUUUUUGUUGUGUGUAAAAAUGUUUUGUUCUCUGUUUUAAAUGAAGGACAUUGCUGAUAUUGGAAAGGCUUAAAGGAAUAGAAUUCUGUUAUCAUAUACUUGCCCUUAUGUUGGUCCAAAUCUGAUGAUUUUUGUCAUUUUAUGAGCUUGAUAGCUCCUGGUCACCAUUCACUUACAUUGUAUUCCAUGGAAGAAAGAAGAUCAGAUGGGUUUGGAACAACAUGAGGGUGAGUAUUUGACAGAAUUUUCAUUUUUGGUUUAAUUAUUCCUUUAAAUUCAUUGAUAAAUACAAACUGUUUAGUAAGACUAUUUGAUAAGCAAAAAUGGGAGGAGGAAAAUUGUAAAUGACCAUAAUAUUAAAGAAAUAGUUCACCCAAAAAUAAAAAUUCUCUCAUAAUUUACUCACCCUCAUGCCAUCCCAGAUGUGUAUGACUUUCUUUCUUCUGCAGAACACAAAGAUUUCUGAGAAGAAUAUCUCUGCUCUGUUGGUCAAUACAAUGCAAAUGAAUGAUGACCAGAACUUUGAAGCUAUAAAAAAAAAAAAAAAAAAAAAAAAAGGCAGCAUAAAAGUAAUCCAUACAACUCCAGUGGUUAAAUCCAUGUCUUCAGAAGCGAUAUGAUAGAUGUGGGUGAGAAAUAGAUCAAUGUUUAAGUAAUUUUUACUAUAAAUGUCCACUUUCACUUCCACAUUCUUCUUCUUUUGUUUUUGGCGAGUCGCAUUCUUCGUGCAUAUCGCCACCUACUGGAUACGGAGGAGAAUUUAGAGUAAAAAAGGACUUAAAUAUUGAUAGAUUUCUCACCCUCACCUAAUAUAUUGCUUUUGAAGACGUGUUUAACCACUGGAGACAUAUGGAUCACUUUUAUGCUGCCUUUGUGCUUUAUGGAGCUUCAGAGUUCUGGUCACCAUUCACUUGCAUUGUAUGGACCUACAGAGCUGAGAUAUUCUUCUAAAAAAUGUUUGUUUGUGUUCAACAGAAGAAAGAAAGUCAUACACAUCUGGGUGUUAUGAGGGUGAGUUAAUGAUGAGAAUUUUUCAUUUUUGGGUGAACUAUCCCUUUAAAGAUCUGUUGUUUAGCUGCAAAUAAUUUUACAGACUAAUGUACUCUCUUUGCUAAAAUAACAUUAUAUGUUAUUAAAAAGAAUAUAUCAUUUGCUGUUUUUUUUUUCCUUUUCUUUUUUAAAAUUAGAACAUUUCUGCACUUUGAAAGUUGCUGUUGCUGCUACAUCCACAUUCAGUCACAUUUAAGUCCCUUUAAGGUUGUUUGUGAUGAAGGGUGCCUGUGUAAUUCUUCAACUGAAUGCACUUGUUGUUUAAACACCUUUGAUUGUGCUGUUUGGUACCGCACUGUGGCACAGCAGGCUGGAUCGCUCUUUUAAGAGUACUUGCUAUAGAGUUGUUCAAUUGUAUUCUUUUAUUCCAGACUGGUGUUCGACAUACUGGAAAGUUUGUAUUUGAACACUAUACAACCAUUCCAAAACAAAUCUAGUGCUCAAAAAACCCACAAGCACUGGGAUAAUUAUGGCCUUCGCCAUGAAAAAGUGUUUGAGUCGUAUACUACUGGAACUCCUGAUAAUUUUAUUUCACUCUUUUUUUUUUUUUCUCAAGAUGUACAUCUCCAUUGCCUUCUUCAAGAAAAGUAUCCACAAAACAGAAAUAAACGUAAUGUUCCUGUU